UCCUAUAAAUAUCAGUGUAGUAUGUUUUCUUUUAGUUUCCUGCUGUGAGGAUUGUGUGAAGUGUUCAGAAUGGCAGAACCAAACGUGCGACACUUGGAACUUUUGGGCUAUGAGAAAAGGUUCUAUCCAAGCCAGCAUUAUGUGUACAUGAUCAUGGUGAAAUGGAGCGACCAGUCGGAAAAACUGAUCUACAGAAAAUAUCCAGAAAUCCAUACUUUCCAUAAAUCUUUGAAGGAGAUGUUUCCAAUCGAGGCAGGUGACAUUGAUGCUAAAGAUCGUGUCAUUCCUAGAUUGCCAGCUCCAAAAUGGAUCGACAGCCAGAAGUCAACUGAGACUAGGCAGGGGACUCUGACUGAAUACUUUCAAUCUCUGCUCAACCUGUCUUCAAAGAUCACCCAAUGUCAGCUAGUCACAAGUUUUUUCCAAGUACGGCCAGAUGACGAGAAUCCACCAGCACCAAAUCCAUCUAAACGGAACGAGACCUUUGUCUCACCCAAUGACAGAGCCAGAACCAACAACUCUGAAAUCACAGGUCCAAUCAUGCUGGACACCUACAGAGUGAUUGGAGAUUACAGCAAAACCUCAAAAUAUGAGCUCAACCUGAAGGCAGGGGAUUUAGUGGACAUUGUGGAGAAGAGUUCCAAUGGUUGGUGGUUCUGCCAGUGUGAUACACAUAGAGGAUGGGCUCCAGCCUCCUAUCUAGAGCCACUAGAUGGACCUGAUGAGUCUGAAGAGCCAGAACCAAACUAUGCAGGAGAACUGUACAAAACCACAAAAGCCUACAAAGCAGUGGAGGAGGAUGAGCUCACCCUGGAGGUUGGAGAAAUCAUUGAGGUCAUCCAUAAACUUUUGGAUGGCUGGUGGGUGGUCAGGAAAGGAGACGAGACAGGGUACUAUCCAUCCAUGUUUCUUUGGAGUACUGGGGAAAGGAAGGAAGUGGAGGCUGAAAGGAGCGCUGUGACCAGGAACACCCCACCACCCAGGAGAUCGACUAUACGUAAUGCCAAGAGCAUACAUGCCAAAGGUCGCCAACGCAUCAGCCAGGACUCAUACCGUAGGCAGAGUCGCAAAUUCCUACAGCAGCGAGGAAGACUUGUGUCCCAGCCAAGAAAAAACUCCAGAUCUGCUAUGGUGGAAGAAGAUGGCAGCAAAGAGGAGGCAAAGAAAACCCCAGCCAUACCUCCUAGACCUAGCCCAGAGCUUAUUAUGGAGCGUUGCACAGAAAACACACGCAAGAGAAUCAGUAUUCACGCCAACUGAGGUGGACUAGUCACUGCUCCUAAACGCUCAACACUGCACCAGGAUGAAGAACGGCAAGCUUUAAUCUGUCACUGCUGCAGCUUUUGCUUGAUGCAUCUUUCAUGAAGAGUUGCAUGGCAUGGAAUUGUCAGUCUUAGACACGGCACAGUUUCAUUUCCCCGUUCGAGGAUUUAUAUCCAACAUCUGUGAAUGCUGGCAGCUUCACUUCUGUGCUCUAUCUCUGUAACCAAAGAGGAACAUAGCAGUUUUAAGCUCUGUGUAAGGAUGUUACAUGACUGUAUAUGUACUUGGUAAUAAGCUAUAGUGUUGUUUUUGUUCAUUGUUCUUUAUUAAAAUAAAUGCAAAAAAAUAGCAAA